UUCCAAACACUUCCUUAAAUACCAAAAAUUGUGUUUUGUACCCCAAAAAAUAGCAACUUCCAAUCAAUAAACCCCCCAAACCCUAACACACACACACAGACUCUCAUGAGUUCAGUCAACGAACCCACCACAGAAUCCCCCGAAACCCACAUAGAAUCCCCCGAAACCCACACAGAAUCCCCCGAAACACACACAGAAUCCAUCAAUGCCGCCGUAGAAACCGAGCAGAAGGUGGAGCCACCGUUGCCGGAAAAGAAAUGGCCUGGAUGGCCGGGAGACUGUGUGUUUAGGCUGGUAGUUCCGGUGGUUAAAGUGGGAAGUAUAAUUGGAAAGAAAGGAGAUCAAAUUCGAAAGAUUUGUGAAAAGACCAAAGCCUGCAUUCGUAUUCUUAAUGCCCCUGUUUCCGUUCCUGACCGCAUUGUCUUAAUAUCUGGCAAGGAAGACACAGAUGCGCCUUUAUCAUCCGCUAUGGAUGCUGUAGUUAGAGUUUUUAAAUGUGUUAAUGGGUUCCCAGAGAAUGAUGGUGAUGGUGCAGCAACCAUCCCGUCCUGCUCAAUACGACUACUAGUCCAAUCGAUGCAAGCUAUGAGUCUAAUUGGGAAGCAAGGAUCUUCAAUCAAGACAAUACAGGAGAGCACUGGUUGUUCUAUUCGUGUGGUCCCUAGUGAGGAAUUGUCAAGGGUAUACACCAGCUCGGAUAGUAAAAUUGUGGAUCUACAAGGAGAAGCUCUAAAAGUUCUGAAAGCUUUAGAAGCUGUGUUAGGUCACCUAAGGAAGUUUUUGGUUGAUCGUAGUGUUCUCCCCCUGUUUGAAAUAGCUCAUGAUCCCUCGGCCACACAAGAACAUCAAUUGGAGACAUGGGCUGAAAAAUCCUUGGUGCAUACUGGUUCAUAUUCGCGGGUUGAUAGUCCUCUUUCAGUGAAGAGAGAAUCACUCUAUCUUGAUCGUGAAUCCCAACGAGAGUCGCGGUAUUCUUCAUCGGGGGUCUUAUAUUAUGGACGUGAAACUGGGUUAUCCAGGACACAUUCUCCUGCACAUGGUCGGACGAGUGCUUUCGUGACACAGGUUGCCCAAACGAUGCAAAUACCACUGGUUUAUACCGAUGCUGUUAUUGGUCUCGGAGGAAGGAAUAUUGCGUAUGUUCGUCAAACAAGUGGUGCUACUCUUACCAUUAAAGAUAGCCAAGGUUUACCGGAUGAAAUGACACUUGAACUAAAAGGGACAUUGUCACAAGUUCAGACCGCUCAACAACUUAUUGAGGACUUUAUAGACAACCACAAAGAAUCCAAACCAAGUGGUUAUGGCAGAAUGGAUCCAAGUUCUCGCUCUCAGUACUCAGAUUCAUCUUAUAGUCGACGUUCGUAUGACAAGUAUCGAACGUCUGGUGUAGACGAUGACUAUAGACGUUACAGAAUGUGAAUUGCAUCUGACAAAAGCUUUCUUUCUUUUAUCAUUUUCAUUCAAAGAAAAGUUGACGCAUCUUCAUCAUCCACAAUCUGGUCGUCUUGGAUUCUUUAUAAACAUGCAGUCAGGUUUAGGUAUAUGCCUGUUUGAUUAGGAAUCCCAUCGGAUUUCAACUCUGAGUAAGGUAUCAUUCGUGUACAAUUUGCAAACAAUUAAUGAACGAUGUUAAGAAAUUUCAUUUUUGGUUUUUCUACAA